AUGGAGGAGGAGAAUGAGUUCCGGAGUUGGGACGAGCUUAUACCUGAUGCCCUUGGGCUCAUAUUUAGGAAACUACCACUCCAAGAGAAGCUCACUGUAAUCCCAAGGGUCUGCAAGUCAUGGGGAAGAACAGUGGCCGGGCCUUACUGCUGGCAGGAGGUAGACAUUAUGGAAUGGAGUAAAUUUCGGACGCCUGAGACCAUUACACGAAUGCUUCAAAUGCUGGUUUUAAGAAGCUCGGGUUCACUCCGCAAACUCUGCGUUGCUGGCCUUCCCAAUGACCAGAGUUUUUCCUUUAUUGCUGAUCAUGCCAAUUCUCUUCGGACAUUGCGGCUGCCGAGAAGUGAAAUAAGUGAUUUGAUAGUGGAACAGGUUGCUGCAAGGCUCUCUACCCUAACUUACUUGGAUGUAAGCUACUGCAAAACUAUUGGAGGUCCUGCACUUGAGGCAAUUGGAAAGCACUGCAAACAUCUCAGAAAGUUGCAGAGAUGUAUGUACGGAUGGGAGGUACUUGACAAGGUCUCUCAAGAUGACGAGGCCCUUGCAAUAGCAGCCACAAUGCCAAAACUCAAUCACCUUGAGAUACUCUACCUCCGUAUUAGUACAGAAGCUGUGUGCCAGAUACUCUUGAAGUGCCCUGAGCUCCAGUCAUUAGAUGUGCGAGGGUGCUAUAGUGUAAAGCUUGAUGAAAGGUUUGUCAAGAAAUUCUCAGGACUGAAGGUGAUUGGACCAGGUUCAGACAAUGAGGGCUGGGAUGAAUGUUCAAACUACUCAGUUUCUUCUGGCUACUUAGCUUGGGACUUCGUUGCAAGUGUAAUGGAUGACGAUUUUGACGAAGAGAUGUUAGAUGAAGCUUGGGAAGACGACCAAAGUAUGGAGGAUGUAGAAAUGAGGUUCUAUGAUGGUUUUUAUCUUGACAAUGGUGGGUUCGACUGGCCCCUAUCUCCUUGA